AUGAUAUGCAGAUUCUGGCAUGUGCUACCUAGAGAAUCAACAUUAAAAAAAGAAAUCGAUGAAGAGAGAGCAUCUUUACAAAAAUCCAUCAGUGUUACUAGUGCCUUGAUCACACAAAAAGAUGAGGAACUGGAAAAACUCAGAAAUGAGAUCACAGUGCUCCGUGGAGAAAACGCUUCUGCAAAAACCUUGCAGUCGGUGGUUAAGUCACUGGAGUCUGAUAAGUUGAAACUUGAGGAAAAGGUGAAGAACUUGGAGCAAAAACUCAAGGAAAACAACGAACAGCCUGUAACUGUAACUGGCUCCUCAGGUGACAUUGCUGCUAAUCUACUUCAAGAUGAAAUUGCAAAAGAGAAGCAGCACGAGAUUGACUUCCUGAAUUCAGUGAUAGUAGAUCUGCAAAGAAGAAACGAAGAAUUAAACUUGAAAAUACAAAGAAUGUGUGAAGCAGCCCUCAAUGGCAAUGAAGAGGAGAUAAAUAACUAUGACAGUGAGGAAGAAAGCCUGUCAAAGAAGAAACCUCGUCUCUUCUGUGACAUCUGUGGCUGCUUCGACCUUCACGACACUGAAGACUGUCCGACCCAGGCACAGAUGCUGGAGGAGCCGCCCCACUCAGCCUACCACGGCAGCAGGAGAGAGGAACGUCCCUACUGUGAUACCUGCGAGAUGUUCGGGCACUGGACGGCCGACUGCAAUGACGACGAGACCUUCUAACGCAACACGCAGCUGGGAGGAUAGACUGACUGCCUGCCCUCGUCGGACGAUUUAUACCACCAGCAUUUGUGUGUGCUUGAAUGUCAGGAAAAGGGACAGUGUUUCUUGACCCCCCUCGCUCCCAUUCCCCUUGCCCAUCCACUCCAGAAUCAGUAAUUCGAUAAAUAUUUUGCUCCUCUGCUAAUAAAUACCCUAUCUCCCGUAAUAAACUUAAGUGAAAUAUAAAUAAAUGAUUUAACAAAUGACUUUAUGCUAUUUCUUCCCAGGUUCUGGGUUUGUCCCAGCUCUUAACAAGAAAUGUCCCCCGUGCUGUUGCAUCUAUUGAUGGGAAAACGUGUAUAGGAACGAAGCACUAUAGUUAUAUUAAAGCUUAUUUAAAUAC